AUGGAUAUUCCUAUUCUAUAUCGCCAUCAUCAGCGUCGCGGACCGACCUUUCAAGCUCAUGCCCUCCUCUCUCAACCAUCUAUCAUCACGAUCGCGCCCGCGAACAUUCGUGUGGUCAAUACCGGCAAGGAUUGGGGCGUGGCGCCAAUGAGGCUUGCUGGUAUGGAAUACUUCUGUGGUCGUGGCUUCUUGACCACAGACGGGGAUCUCUGGAGCCGGUCGAGAAAACUACUGAAGCCGACAUUCAACAAGGCCAACCUCACCAACUUGAGCUUCCUUUCGGCCCAAGUGGAUACCAUGUUGCAGCAGCUCCCGAAGAACGGAACAACCGUGGAUCUUCAGCCUUUGUUCUAUACUAUGUACCUGGACUAUUAUGUUGACCAAGCUUUGGUUGAAGCGGGAGCAUCUAGUGCCAAGUCGGAGAAGGGCUUAGACAACGCCACGAAACUGAGCAUGAUAAGGUCGCUUUCAGUCCAAACGAAUGAGCGCGAAUACAUCAGAAACCAGAUCCUUCAAGGCAUGAUGGCCUCUCAGGAAACAGAUGGUGUUUUAAUGUAUUGGUCAGUGCUCCGCCUAUAUCCCAUCUUCCCGCUCAUGUCUCGAACCGCUCUGAAGGACCAGAAGCUCCCAGUUGGAGGAGGACCGAACAAAGAUCUUCCUGUCUUCGUGCCGAGAGGCAUUUUGGUUGUUAUGAGCUACUAUGCUCUACAUCAGGACCCAGCCGUCUUUGGCGAGGAUGCCGAAGACUUCAGGCCAGAGCGUUGGGAUAAAAUUCGCCCCGGGCAAUGGACCUUCAUGGCCUUUGGUGGAGGAAAUAGGGCAUGUCUUGGGCAGCCUAAGGUGCUGGUGGAAGCAGCCUAUGUGCUAAGCGCGAACGGGUGCAAGGUGGCUCUGAUCUAG